UACGGUAGUGAUCUGAUGUCGGUGGAGACAUACGACGAGAACAAUGUGACGAGUAGUGUUGUCACGGGCAGGUCCUUGAAACAUUAUUGGUUAGGUUUAGCAUCCCUGGAUGAUCUGCGAACGAAUACUUUAGAAUCAGCGUCUGGUAUGCUGGUAUCGCAAUAUGCAGGUUUUUGGGGACUACAACAACCUAACCCAGAAUCAGGUGAAUGCGUAGAUGUUUCAAUAACCGGAGACCAACAAUCAUGGGAACUCACAACAUGCGAGUCGCUCUUGCCUUUCAUGUGUAAAACGAAAGCAUGCCCUACAGGAUCAUUCCAUUGUUCAAAUGGAAAAUGCAUCAACGCGGCAUUCCGCUGUGACCAAACCGAUGAUUGUGGCGAUUCGUCUGAUGAAAUUGAUUGUCCCAACCUAUGCCACUAUUAUAUGGCCAGCAGCGGUGACGUCGUAGAAAGUCCUAACUAUCCACAAAAAUAUACUCCUUUGGCCGAUUGUAAAUGGACUCUGGAAGGACCCCAAGGACACAAUAUUGUUUUGCAGUUCCAAGAGUUCGAAACCGAAAAAACUUUCGAUAUGGUUCAAAUUCUAGUCGGAGGACGAACUGAAGACAAAGCCGUAAAUUUAGCAACGCUUUCAGGAAAGCAAGAUCUGGCUAACAGAUUAUUCGUAUCAGCUUCAAAUUUCAUGAUCAUUAAAUUUAGCACUGACGCAUCUGUUGAAAGAAAAGGAUUCAGAGCUUCAUGGAAAACUGAACCACAAAACUGUGGUGGUAUGCUGAGAGCUUCGCCGCAAGGACAAUCUUUGACAUCACCAGGAUAUCCCAUGCAAUAUCCAGGAGGUUUGGAAUGUUUGUAUAUUAUACAAGCUCAACCAGGAAGAAUUAUUUCUCUGGAGGUUGAAGACAUGAUGCUUAAUAGCAAUAGAGAUUAUUUAUUAGUCAGGGAUGGAGACAACCCCAAAAGCAAACCUAUUGCUCGACUUACAGGAAAUGCUGAAGAUAACCAAAGAAUCAUUGUAUCUACUAGUCAUCAAUUAUAUAUCUAUUUUAAAACAAGUUUAGGCGAUUCACAGAAAGGAUUCAAUAUUAAAUAUACCCAAGGUUGCAGAGCGACGAUCAAAGCUAAUAAUGGCACUAUAACAUCAGCUGCAUACGGCUUGAUGAACUAUCCUAGCAACCAAGAAUGUCUUUAUAAAAUUAAAAAUCCUAAAGGUGGAGCACUGUCACUCAACUUCAUCGAUUUUGAUGUACAUCAAACUGAUUUUGUUCAAGUUUACGAUGGAUCAAGUGUAAGCGGACUUCGUUUACAUCCAGGAUCUGGUUUUACUUCAGGAUCACCCCCAAGGAUUACUUUAACGGCUUCAAGUGGUGAAAUGUUAAUUAGAUUUGUAACCGACGCUUUGCACAGCGGCAAAGGAUGGAAAGCCACAUUUUCAGCAGAUUGUCCACCAUUAAAAGCUGGAGCUGGAGCAAUGGCUUCGAGUAGAGAUACAGCUUUUGGAGCUGUAGUAACAUUCAGUUGCCCUAUCGGUCAAGAAUUUGCUACCGGAAAAUCUAAAUUGACAACUCAAUGUUUACCAGGUGGAAACUGGUCGAUCACAUACAUACCAAAAUGCCAAGAGGUGUAUUGUGGACCAGUUCCUCAAAUAGAUAACGGUUUUUCAAUUGGAUCAACUAAUGUAACAUACAAAGGUAUCGCCAUGUACCAAUGUUAUGCAGGAUUUGCUUUCCCGUCAGCAUCUCCAGUCGAAACUAUGUCUUGUCUUGCUGAUGGUCAAUGGGAACGUAAACCCGCAUGUUUAGCAUCUCAGUGCGUAGCUCUGCCAGAAGUUCCACACGCAAAUGUUUCAAUUCUAAAUGGUGGAGGACGAAGUUACGGAACCAUUGUACGUUACGAAUGUGAACCAGGCUACGAACGAAGUGGUCACCCUGUUCUGCUUUGUAUGAGCAAUGGGACCUGGUCUGGAGAUGUACCUUCAUGCACACGAGCAAGAUGUCCGACGUUGCCUACGAUUAAAAAUGGCUUUGUAACAGAUGUUUCCAGGACAUACUAUUUUGGAGAUGAAGCUCGCGUGCAAUGUUACAAGGGAUUCAAAUUGACUGGCCCAAAUAUUAUUCGUUGCGGCGAUAAUGAAGUAUUUGAUAAUCCUCCUAAGUGCGAAGAUAUCAACGAAUGUGCCAGCUCACAAUGUGAUCUUGCUUCGACUGAAUGUACUAAUACGCCCGGAUCUUUCCACUGCAAAUGUCGCGCAGGAUUCGCACCUACAUUGGAAUGUAGACCUGUCGCCGAUUUAGGUCUCCUUAAUGGUGGUAUCCCCGACGAAUCAAUUAUCGUUUCUGGAACUGAAAAUUCAUAUCACAAAGGGAUGGUACGUCUCAAUGCGGGUGGUGGAUGGUGCGGUAACAGCUUGGAACCAGGUGCAAAUUGGGUAAUGAUUGACUUGCGAGCCCCUACUAUCAUAAGAGGAUUUAGAACUAUGAGCGUACAAAGACAUGACGGCAACAUCGCGUUCACAUCAGCCGUUCGUAUACAGUAUACCAAUGACUUAACCGAUGUCUUCAAAGAUUAUACAAAUCCCGAUGGUACUGCGGUUGAAUUCAGAAUUCUCGAACCGACCUUAUCUGUAUUAAAUUUACCGGUUCCAAUCGAAGCGCAAUAUAUUAGAUUUAAAAUCCAAGACUACGUAGGAGCACCGUGCUUGAAACUCGAAGCGAUGGGUUGUACGAGAUUGGAAUGUGCUGAUAUCAACGAAUGUGCUAAGAACAAUGGAGGAUGCGAUCAGAAGUGUAUAAACAGCCCUGGAAAUUAUUCAUGCGGAUGUAACAAUGGAUUUGAAUUGUUUACUCAAAAUGGUACUGCCGGAUAUUUCAUUGAGUCAUCCGAAACUGGAACUAGAGACGGCGAUACUUUCCAGAAAGAUAAAUCAUGCGUACCUAUCAUGUGCCCUAAACUUACACCUCCAGAAAAUGGCAAACUAUUAUCCACAAAAGAUAUGUACCACUUUGAAGAUAUUGUUCGAUUCCAAUGCAACUUUGGUCAUGUAAUGAUUGGCUCCGUUUCACUUAUCUGUACUUCCACUGGACAAUGGAACGGCACUGUACCAGAAUGUCAAUAUGCUAAAUGUGUAUCCCUACCGGACGAGAAAAAUGAAGGAUUAAGAAUUGUACGUAACAACGAAGAAAGUGUACUGGUACCAUUCAGAGAUAAUGUAACACUUACUUGCUCAAACCCUGGAAGAAAACUCAGAAAUACUGCAACUGCUGGAUUUAGACAGUGUGUUUAUGAUCCACAACCGGGCUUGCCUGACUACUGGUUAUCCGGCGCACAACCAUCCUGCCCUCGUACCGAUUGCGGUAUGCCAUUACCAACACCAGGUGCUGAAUAUGGUCAAUAUAUGGACACAAAAUAUCAAUCAUCUUUCUUCUUUGGAUGUCAGAACACAUUCAAGUUAGCUGGACAAACAAGCAAACACGACAACGUAGUGAGAUGUCAAGCUAAUGGCAUUUGGGAUUUCGGAGAUUUGCGUUGUGAAGGACCAGUAUGCUCAGAUCCUGGUAGGCCCAGUGACGGUUUCCAAGUAGCAAGAAGUUAUGAACAAGGUUCUGAAGUUGUAUUCGGUUGUUCAAGACCUGGUUAUAUUCUAAUCAACCCAAGACCAAUUACGUGUAUUCGAGAACCUGAAUGUAAAGUUAUUCGACCACUGGGAAUUGCAUCUGGCAAAAUUCCGGAUAAGAAUAUUAAUGCUACAUCUGAAAGACCAAAUUAUGAAGCUAGAAAUGUGCGAUUGAACUCAGUUACUGGCUGGUGUGGAAAUCAAGAAGCUUUUCCUUACGUAAGCGUCGACUUGGGAAAAGUUUACCGAGUGAAAGCAAUUCUUGUGAAAGGUGUUGUUACAAAUGACAUUGUUGGCAGGCCAACUGAAGUUCGUUUCUUCUAUAAGCAAUCUGAAAAUGAAAAUUAUGUUAUCUACUUCCCCAAUUUUAAUCUUACUAUGAGAGAUCCUGGAAAUUACGGAGAAUUGGCAAUGAUAACUUUACCAAAAUACGUACAAGCUAGAUUUGUGAUUUUAGGAAUCUACAGUUAUAUGGAUAACGCAUGUUUGAAAUUUGAGUUAAUGGGAUGCGAUGAACCCGCUUCUGAACCACUUCUUGGUUAUGAUUAUGGAUAUUCUCCUUGUGUUGAUAACGAGCCACCAGUUUUCCAAAACUGUCCUCAACAACCUAUAAUUGUUCAGAAAGACCGAAAUGGUGGAUUAUUACCAAUUAAUUUCACCGAGCCAACAGCCGUCGAUAAUUCAGGAACAAUUGCUCGUCUAGAAGUGAAACCUCAAAGUUUCCGUUCCCCUAUGAUGGUUUUCCAAGAUAUGGUAGUUAAAUACAUUGCUUUUGACAAUGAUGGUAAUGUUGCUAUUUGUGAAAUCAACAUCUCCGUACCUGAUGAUACUCCACCACUAUUGAGUUGUCCUCAGAGCUAUGUGAUAGAAUUAGUAGACAAACAAGAUAGCUAUGUUGUAAAUUUCAACGACACAAGAAGACGUAUUAAUGCCUCUGAUGCUUCUGGUGAUGUUAGGAUAAACUUCAUACCUGAACGCGCUACUAUUCCAAUUGGUGGAUUUGAAAACGUUACUGUUGUUGCAUCAGACAAAUAUGGAAAUAAAGCUAUGUGCCACUUCCAGGUAUCAGUACAAGCUACGCCAUGUGUAGAUUGGGAGCUGCAGCCUCCUGCAAAUGGAGCUUUGAAUUGUUUGCCAAACGAACGUGGGUUACAGUGUAUCGCUACAUGCAAACCUGGAUAUAGAUUUACUGAUGGCGAACCUGUAAAAACAUUUGGUUGUGAAACUAAGAAAUUAUGGACACCAACAUCUGUUGUACCUGAUUGUGUAUCAGAAAAUACACAGCAAGCUGAAUACCAUCUAGUAGCUUCGGUUACAUACAGGGCUAACGGUGCUGUGGCCUCAGCAUGUUUAGGUCAAUAUCAAGAUCUGAUGGCUCAAUACUAUCAAACUAUGAAUGGAAUUUUAUCACAACAAUGUUCCGCCAUCAAUGUUAACAUGAAUGUAUCUUUCAUUAAUACAAUUCCAAUGCUGACUGAGGAAAAUGUAGUCAAGAUGGAUUUUGUGCUUGCCAUUUUACCCGUAGUUCGCUCACCUCAACUUUAUGAACUUUGUGGAACUACAUUGAAUUUAAUUUUCGAUUUAUCAGUACCACAUGCUAGCGCAGUUAUUGAACCUUUAUUGAAUGUGUCAAGCAUAGGAAAUCAAUGCCCACCUCUAAGAGCACUGAAGAGUUCUGUUGGCCGCGGCUUUACAUGUAGCGUCGGAGAAGUUUUGAAUAUGGACACUAAUGAUGUUCCUAGAUGUCUUCAUUGUCCAGCGGGUACUUUUGCCGGAGAUAAGCAACGCACUUGCACAUAUUGUCCUCGAGGAUACUACCAGAAUAGGGAUCGUCAAGGAUCUUGCGCUAAAUGUCCAUCAGGUACAUAUACACGCGAGGAAGGUUCCAAGAGCAUAUCGGAGUGUGUACCUGUAUGCGGUUAUGGAACAUAUUCACCCACUGGAUUAGUUCCUUGCUUGGAAUGCCCUAGAAAUAGUUACACUGGUGAACCACCCACUGGAGGUUACAAAGAUUGUCAAGCUUGCCCCGCUAGCACGUUCACGUAUCAGCCAGCUGCUCCAGGAAGAGAUAGAUGUCGUUCUAAAUGCGCUCCUGGAUUCUAUUCCCCAACUGGCUUGGCACCAUGCUCUCCUUGCCCACGUGACUUUUAUCAAUCUAAUCCUGGCCAAAACACUUGUCACGAAUGCCCAACAAAUAUGAGAACUGAUGGACCUGGUGCAGUCGGACGGGAGGAAUGUAAACCAGUCCAAUGUGCAGAUAAUGCUUGCCAACAUGGAGGCUUGUGUGUUCCAAUGGGUCAUGGAGUUCAAUGUUUCUGUCCUGCCGGCUUUUCCGGACGUCGUUGCGAGAUUGAUAUAGAUGAAUGUUCUUCUCAACCAUGUUUCAACGGUGCUUCCUGCACAGAUCUCCCUCAAGGUUACAGAUGUACUUGUGCACCAGGUUAUACUGGAAUAAACUGUCAAGAAGAACGAUCCGAUUGCCGAAAUGAUACAUGCCCUGCGAGAGCUAUGUGCAAAGAUGAACCCGGCUAUAACAACUACACUUGUUUAUGUAGAGCUGGAUAUACUGGACCUGAUUGUGAUAUUACGAUAAACCCAUGCACAGCAAAUGGAAACCCUUGCACCAACGGAGCAACUUGUUUGGCUUUGCAACAAGGAAGAUUCAAAUGCGAAUGCUUACCUGGAUGGGAAGGUCAACAUUGUGAAAUAAAUACUGACGAUUGUGCCGAAAAGCCUUGCUUACUUGGGGCUAAUUGCACUGAUCUUGUUGAUGACUUUAGUUGUAAUUGCCCACCUGGAUUUACUGGCAAGAGAUGUCAUGAGAAAAUUGAUCUUUGCGCUGGUUCUCCAUGCAAAAACGGAGUUUGUGUAGAUCGAUUCUUUAGUCAUCAGUGCGUAUGUCACCCUGGCUGGACAGGUCUAUCAUGCGAGAUAAACAUCAAUGACUGCUCUAAUGAACCAUGCUUCAACAACGCUAUUUGCACUGAUCUCGUUGAUGGUUUCACUUGCACAUGUGAGCCAGGAUUUACUGGAAAACAUUGUCAGCAUCGCAUACAAUAUUGUGCUUCAGAACCUUGUCAGAAUGGAGCGACUUGUACCGAUCAGGCUGACGGUUUUCUUUGUAAAUGCAGACCAGGAUUUGUCGGACUCCAAUGUGAAGCUGAGAUCGAUGAGUGCUUAAGCGACCCUUGUAGCCCAAUUGGUGCUGAACGAUGUGUAGAUUUAGAUAAUUCUUAUCUUUGCCAAUGCAGAGAUGGAUAUAGUGGUAAACAGUGUGAAAUUAAUGCUGAUGACUGUGCAUCUUCGCCCUGCUUGAACGGUGCAGUAUGUAGAGAUGACGUUGCUGGAUUUAAGUGUCUAUGUGAACCUGGCUGGACUGGUCAAAGAUGUGAAAAGGAUGUUGGAGCCUGUCAAAAUAAACCAUGCCAAAAUGAUGCUAACUGUAUUGAUUUGUUCCAAGACUAUUUCUGCGUUUGUCCAUCUGGAACUGACGGAAAACAAUGCGAAACUGCUCCUGAACGUUGCAUAGGAAACCCAUGUAUGCACGGUGGUCGUUGCCAAGACUUUGGAUCCGGUUUGAAUUGCUCGUGCUCUGCUGAUUAUACUGGUAUUGGAUGUCAAUAUGAAUAUGAUGCCUGUCAAGCUGGAGCAUGCCAAAAUGGAGCCACUUGCAUUGAUGAAGGCGAAGGAUUCACCUGCAUUUGUCCUCCUGGUUAUACCGGUAAAACUUGUGAUGAAGACAUCGUUGAUUGUAAAGAAAAUUCAUGUCCUCCCUCUGCCACUUGCAUCGAUUUGACUGAGAAGUUCUACUGCCAAUGUCCAUUCAACUUAACAGGAGACGAUUGUCGCAAGACAAUUCAAGUGGACUACGAUUUGUACUUCAGUGAUCCAACACGAAGCAGUGCUGCUCAAGUCGUGCCAUUCUACACUGGCGCUUCCAGAAGUAUGACAAUUGCUAUGUGGGUUCAGUUUACUCAAAAAGAUGAAGGCGGUAUUUUCUUCACUAUGUACAAUGUCAAUUCUCCUCAUGUUGCAACCGGUCGCCGAAUUUUGGUUCAAGUACAUUCCAAUGGAGUACAAAUUUCACUUUUCCCUGAUAUACAAGAUGUUUACCUUGCGUUCCGCGAAUACGCUACUAUGAACGAUGGUCAAUGGCAUCACAUAGCUAUUGUAUGGAAUGGUGAACGCGGUGGAGAACUUACCCUUAUCACCGAAGGUUUAAUUGCUAGCAAAGUAGAGGGCUAUGGCAGUGGACGAGUAUUACCAGACUACGCAUGGACCACCUUAGGUAAACCACGUUCUGAUAAUCCAAAGGCAUAUACCGAAUCAGGUUUCCAAGGGCACUUAACUAAAGUACAAAUUUGGGGACGAGCUUUGGAUGUUACGAACGAAAUUCAAAAGCAAGUCAGAGACUGCAGAACUGAACCAGUGUUGUACAGAGGACUCUUACUCACAUGGGCUGGUUAUGAAGACACAGCCGGUGGUGUAGAACGAAUUGUACCCAGCCAUUGCGGACAAAGAAUAUGCCCAGCAGGUUAUACCGGUGCAAGAUGCCAACAACUGGAAGUCGAUAAGGUACCACCUAAAGUUGAGUAUUGCCCAGGCGAUUUAUGGGUUAUUGCCAAGAACGGUUCAGCCAUUGUAUCAUGGGAUGAACCACACUUCAGUGAUAAUGUAGGAGUAGUUAAAAUACAAGAGAAGAAUGGUCACCGUCCUGGACAAACAUUACUUUGGGGAACGUAUGAUAUUGCAUACGUAGCUUAUGAUGAGGCUGGAAAUACAGCUACAUGCCACUUUAGAGUUUCAUUGUUGUCUGAAUUCUGUCCCGAACUUGCCGAUCCAAUUGGUGGAACGCAAUCAUGUAAGGACUGGGGCGCAGGCGGCCAAUUCAAAGUGUGCGAGAUCAGUUGCAACCCAGGUUUGAAAUUCUCUCAAGAAGUUCCAGCUUUCUAUACCUGUGGAGGUGAAGGAUUCUGGAGACCAACCAAUAAUCCAGCACUACCAAUGAUCUACCCAGCAUGUUCAGAAUCGAAACCAGCUCAAAGAGUAUUUAGGAUAUCUAUGCUUUUCCCAAGUUCAGUUCUUUGCAAUGAAGCCGGUCAAGGAGUUCUUAGACAGAAAGUUCGUAAUGCAGUCAACUCAUUGAAUAGAGAUUGGAACUUCUGCUCUUAUGCUGUAGAAGGCACACGAGAAUGUAAGGACCUUAACAUCAACGUAAAAUGCGAUCACCGUGCCAACAGACAGACAAGGCAAGCUCAAAAUAGGGAAGAAGAUCAGGACGGUGGCACCUACGUAAUCGAGGCCUUAGUACCAGUUGAAAAUCCAAGAGAAGGCCGACAAACCAGCGACACUUAUAACGUGGAAAUUUCAUUCCCUGCCGUCAACGAUCCAGUAAUCCAUUCCAACACGAACGAACGCUCCAACGUUCAAAGGCUUCUUGAAAAAUUAAUUUUGGAAGAAGAUCAAUUUGAUGUACGUGAAAUUCUGCCAAAUACUGUUCCUGAUCCAGCAUCUCUUGAACUAGAAUCGGAUUAUGCUUGUUCUGAAGGCAGAGUUGUAGUAGCUCCUGAUUGCGUUCCGUGCGCUGUUGGUACUUUCUACGAUAAAAAUACUCGAUCAUGUAUUCCUUGCCCACUCGGAAUGUACCAAAGCGAGGUUGGCCAGAUGCAUUGCUAUGCAUGUCCGUCCAUUGCGGGUAAACCAGGAGUAACUGUUUCACCAGGCGCCAGAGUUGUAGAAGAUUGUAAAGAGCGUUGUGACCCUGGAAAAUUCUUUGACCAAGAAGCAGGUCAGUGCAGAAAUUGCGGCCACGGUUUCUACCAACCUGAAGAAGGAACUUUCGCUUGCAAGAUUUGCGGACUUGGAAAAACUACAAGGACAUCAGAUGCUACAUCGAGAGACGAAUGCAGAGAUGAAUGCGCAUCAGGACUACAAUUGGGAAUUGAAGGACGUUGUGAACCUUGUCCACGCGGAACAUUCAGGACCCAGGGCGUUCAACCAGCAUGUCAGAGCUGUCCACGAGGAAGAACGACACUGAAGGUUGGGGCAUCAGCCGUUGAAGAAUGCUCACUACCCGUUUGCACACCUGGAUCAUAUUUGAACGGAACAUUGAACAGCUGUAUAGAAUGUCGCAAGGGUACCUAUCAAUCUGAAGCACAGCAAACUUCUUGUUUACCUUGCCCACCUAAUACCAGCACCAAAGGACCAGCAGCUACAAGCCGUGCUGAAUGUACAAAUCCUUGCGAUAUGAGUGGUCCGGACAUGCAUUGCGACACCAACGCCUAUUGUCUACUUAUUCCGGAAACAAGUGAAUUCAAAUGUGAAUGCAAGCCUGGAUACAACGGAACUGGAAAAGUUUGCACAGAUGUCUGCGAAGGAUUCUGUGAGAACGAGGGUCAAUGUAUCAAGGACGCUCGAGGUGCACCCGCCUGCCGAUGCAUUGGAAGUUUCACUGGACGCCACUGCACGGAGAAAUCUGAGUUUGCUUACAUUGCUGGAGGAGUCGCUGGUGCCGUUAUAUUCGUCAUCUUGAUCGUCCUGCUCGUUUGGAUGAUUUGCGCAAGAUCUUCUCGCAAAAAGGAACCAAAGAAGAUGUUAAGCCCUGCCACCGAUCAGAACGGAUCCCAAGUCAACUUCUACUAUGGAGCCCACACGCCCUACGCCGAAUCGAUCGCCCCAUCUCACCAUUCGACUUAUGCCCAUUACUACGAUGACGAAGAAGAUGGUUGGGAAAUGCCGAACUUCUAUAACGAAACUUAUAUGAAAGACGGUCUUCAUAAUGGAAUGAACGGAAAGAUGAACAGUCUGGCCAGAUCAAAUGCUAGCAUAUAUGGGACAAAGGAUGAUUUAUACGACAGACUGAAGAGACACGCUUAUACAGGAAAAAAAGAUAAAAGCGAUAGUGACAGCGAAGGUCAGUGAAAUACACGUCGCAUCAUUCAAAUUAAAUGUAUUUCUGGUCAAAUUAAAUGAAACAAAUAAAAUGACAUUUCAAGUCAAUAAUUAAUUUUACAA